AUGCCAAUGAGGAGCAAAACCCCAACGCCUCUCCACUUCCCAAGUGGAAAGCAUCCAAAAGCCGACUCUGAGUAUAAUUGGAAUGAUCUAGGUACUGGCGAGAAGUCGAAGAAUGUCUCCGCUCUCAGACGGGCAGCCAAGAAAGUAGCAGGAGUCUUUGCUUUUAUUUUCAAAGGGAAGAGAAAGUUAAACCCAAGAGAAUGUAGAUCUGAUCCAGGAGAGAGUAGCAGCACGCUCGACCNAGACUCUACAUUAUCAGGCUGGACUGGUUAUUCGUCACCAAGCUCUUUUGGAAGGUCAACAGAAAGAAAGAUUUCAGGUCAAUAUCGAUAUUCUGGUUCAAGAUUUCAAAAUUCUGGGAAAGAUUCUACUUCUAGCAAAAGUUGGCACCUUGGUCCAGUAAUUUUCUCUUUUGAGGAGCUUCUGAGGGCAACUGCAAAUUUCGCGUCGGUUCAUCAGAUUGGGGAAGGCGGUUUUGGAACUGUAUAUAAGGGAAAGCUUGAUGAUGGAACCAUUGUUGCUAUCAAGCGUGCAAGAAAGAACAAUUAUGGCAAAAGCUGGUUGCUAGAGUUUAAGAAUGAAAUAUACACCUUGUCAAAGAUCGAGCAUAUGAAUUUGGUAAAGCUAUAUGGAUUUCUCGAACAUGAAGAUGAAAGGGUUAUCGUUGUUGAAUAUGUGGGCAAUGGAAACCUACGAGAACAUCUAGAUGGUUCACGGGGUAACCGCCUUGAAAUGGCAGAACGUCUUGAGAUCGCGAUUGAUGUAGCUCAUGCAUUGACCUAUCUGCACACAUAUACAGAGACUCCAAUAAUACACAGAGACAUUAAAGCAUCAAAUAUCCUCAUCACGGAAAAGCUUAGAGCUAAAGUGGCAGAUUUUGGCUUUGCUCGUUUAGUUUCUGAAGAUCCCGGGACUACUCAUAUAUCAACCCAAGUCAAAGGAUCUGCAGGCUAUGUGGAUCCAGAUUACCUCAGGACGUUUCAACUAACCGACAAGAGCGAUGUUUACUCUUUUGGUGUUUUGCUCAUAGAGCUUAUCACCGGAAGACGUCCCAUUGAGUUAAAGAGAGCACGACAAGACCGGCUCACGGUUAAAUGGGCAUUGAAGAGACUCAAAGACGAUGAAGCUGUUCUUGUAAUGGACCCAUUGCUCAAGAGAAACCGAGCUGUCAUUGAAGUGGCCGAGAAGAUGCUGAGACUGGCGAGCGAAUGUGUUGCCCCAACGAGAGCUACACGUCCAGCUAUGAAAGGCUGUGCAGAAAAGCUAUGGGUGAUAAGGAGAGAGAUGAAGGAGUCAAUGCUUUGCUCAUCGCCCUCUCUUUCUUCGUCUUCAUCAGCAACACACAGCUUCGUGGGUCGUGAUUUAGACAGGUACACGUUACCGAGGAUUAUAGACGAUGAUGAGAACAGCACUGUGUUACUCUCUCCUUGA